AUGGGGUCCUGCAGCGACGAUCUGAGAAAUGAUCUGGAGAAGGAGUACUGUCCUCCAGUUGACUCUGCCUUAUUUGCUGCCAUCACGACCGACUUUGAUUUGGAGAACCCCGAUGAGGUCAGGUCCCUGCGCGAGACCCUAGAUUCCAUCAGGGACCUAGCAAUCCAGCAAGAGGAUCUCCCAUUUGACCCGUCAGGCACAGCCAAUGAUCAUGUGGAUGAUGCCGACAUCGGGGCAGCCUCAUCCGCGCGACCAUCCAGUGCUGGCCAGACCCAGACCGAUACCAGCCUGGAAUCACGCCUCUUCCUGGAUGGGAGCGACAGCAGAAGUUCAAAGUCGCAAACAACUCUCAACUCAACAUACACCAUUGCUGCCGAUGGGUCUGUCCAGUUUGUCGGUGGCAGCGAGCAGGAGAAGGUGAACUUGCUGUGCGCCAUGUUCCCGGAUAUCUCCAAAUUCAAUGUUGAGCAGAGCUUGAAGAACAGCAAAGGAGACAUUGAUAAAUCAAUGGACAUCCUCCUUAACCUGUCUUUCUUCGAUCAAGCAACCGACGAAGAUGAUGUCGUCAUCCCCAAGGGACUUGAUGGAUUCGCGCACGAGACCCCUGACAUUGGCCGCCAGAAAGGACGGAAGAAAAAGCGCAACAAGAACAACAAAGUCUCAUUUGGUCUGCAGUCCCCCUCCGAUGACCCGCCUGCGACGAAUAAAUGGGAGAAAGGUCAGGCUGAUGUUGAGUUCAUCUGCUCACGCACGCCUGAUCUCCCACGCCAUAAGGUCGCGUCCGCAUAUACAGCCAACAACCGAUCACUGUCUGCGACAAUCAGGGCCUUAGCCGUCGCUCACACGCUGAAGGAUAUUGGCGAGACUGAGGAUGAUCCCGUCGUACAGUCACAACUGGACGAGCUUGCGGCUGAUUAUCCCAGCGUAUCCGAAAGCACUCUCAUUGGCUUGCUGCGAAUCACACGCAACAUGAUCUCCGCCGCAAAUGAGUUGGCAGCUGAGAUGAUCAGUCAGCCAUCAGAGUUCUCUGUGGCCGACUUGAUCAAGAUCACGGCUCCAAAACUCAACCUCGACGACGAGGCAAACAUGGUCGACACACAAAGCCGCCAGAAGAAAGAGAACCUGCGCAGUGGGCUUGACUAUGAAGGCGAGCAAGCAGUGGCAAGCGCCCACUUCGCCGCCAAAACCACUGCCAACAUACAAGCGGCACAGGCGGCCCGAAAGGCCAAGUCUGACCCCUUGUAUGGAGGCGCCUCACAAUAUUAUCGUGAGGUUGCGCAGCAACAGCGGGAGCUUGCCAUGCGGCAUCUCUCCGCGGCUUCUGAGCGGCUUGUGGAUAGACAAUCCACCAACGGGGACGUCGAUCUCCAUGGUUGCCAAGUCCCCCAGGCGAUUCGCAUCGCACGCGAGCGAGUCGAGGCCUGGUGGGACGGCCUUGGAGAUACGAAGCACGUCCGUGGUGGAGGUAAGCAUGUCCACGGUGGCUUUAAGAUCAUCACUGGCGUUGGUCUUCACAGUCGGGAUGGUGUGUCCCGCCUGGGCCCGGCUGUGAGCAAGGCCUUGAUCAGUGAUGGUUGGCGUGUGGAGGUUGGCCGAGGGUUCGUGAUUGUUGUUGGCGCCGCUCGCCGCUGA